CAAACGCCUCACUUUAACCCCGGAAGCACUUCUGCCCUUCCUUUCUAUUUGGAGCCCCAGAAGCGAACCACCGAGACAAGAUGGCGCCGCGCAAAGGCAAAGAGAAGAAGGAGGAGCAGGUGAUCAGCUUGGGCCCUCAGGUGGCCGAGGGCGAGAACGUCUUCGGCGUGUGCCACAUCUUCGCCUCCUUCAACGACACCUUCGUGCACGUCACCGACCUCUCCGGGAAGGAGACCAUCUGCCGCGUGACAGGCGGCAUGAAGGUGAAGGCAGACCGAGACGAGUCGUCCCCCUACGCCGCCAUGUUGGCGGCGCAGGACGUGGCGCAGCGCUGCAAGGAGCUCGGCAUCACCGCGCUGCACAUCAAGCUCCGGGCCACCGGGGGGAACCGCACCAAGACGCCCGGACCGGGAGCCCAGUCGGCACUCAGGGCGCUCGCCCGAUCGGGAAUGAAGAUUGGACGCAUUGAGGAUGUGACCCCCAUCCCGUCAGACUCGACGCGCAGAAAGGGAGGACGUCGUGGACGCAGAUUGUAAAAACGCUAAACUUUAAUAAACGAGUUGACGUGUUGAAGUA